AUGUCCACAGAUCAACAUAUGUCAGGUAUAAGUAUAUCUAUUAACAACUGCAUUUCCAAGUUAAAUAACCAGAAUAAAAUAACAACAGGUACUUCGAAGCCCAAGGCUAUGCAUAUAAAGAAACUCCCAGUGCGAUCACGACAUGCAUUAUUUUAUAACAUCUGCACACAAAUGCAUGUUACUGACAUUACUACCACUGGUUGCCAUUUACGUCACCGUGACCGUGAACCCAGUAGGAUACAGGUGAAAUGGCUAACUAGGAAGUUUGGAAAAAGUCGAUUGUUGAGAAAACGUCUCAGACAUAACAUCAAAAGGUCUGUACCCAGAUCCUCUCAUCUUCAUUAUAUAGUAGAGAAUAUUAUGCAUUGUCAAAACACUAGGAUGAAGUGUAUCCCUGAUGUUUACUGCCCAAAGAAGGUUCUCAAGAAAUGCCGGACAAAACAUUCAGCAAAAAAUUUAAAAUUUUAUAUUUGUGAAGGAAUUCUUGCAGAUAUAUUCUAUGCAUCAGGUUUGACUAAUGAUUUAUAUGCACAACAAGUCAGGCAUUAAAAUAGCGUGUCCUUGUACACACUUUGCGUCCUUGUAAAAGGCGAAUGUGCCCUUGUAAAUUGAAAAGUGUGUACUUGAAAAUAUAUUAAACUGAAAAUAUAUUAAUGUAAUCCACGCAAAAUGGCCAAAGAUUUUGCAAAUUCUGUUCUCAGUCUCAGAACUCUGGAAAUGCCAUUUCAGAUACCCGCUUAAAAGCUCGCGUCUUCGACGCUAAACUUGUGAUUUCGCCACUCGUUCAGUCGUUCUCCUGAGUCUGCGCAUUUAUACCAAAAAUACGCCUCUGAAGGCAAAGUGUGUCCUUGUAAAAAUUCAGUAUUUUAAUGCCUGCAACAAGUGUAGAAAAAUGUAAACCACUUAAAGAAUGUGUGUCAGUCAGCAUUAUAUACAGAUAUCGAGACAAAUCCUGGACCUGUAUUCUAUAUUGAUCCGAGCAAGACAAUCAGUGCACCAUAUAGCCAAGGUAAUCAGAUUAUAUUUGGAGAAACAGCAGGACAGCAGUGUUUAGCAAUGUGUUCAUGUGCCCUUAUAUACAACAAAAGGUAGAACAUUUUAUCACCACAAGACCUGGUUAAUAUAAUGAAUAUUGGUAUAAUGAACUAUAUUCAAACUUGUCAUGUUUAGCACGACAAUCGUUUUUAUUGUUUACAGAAUUGUCUUCACAACUUACAGUAUUUGACACAGAGUUUGUUUUAGAGUACAGUGAGAGCUAUAGCGGUAACGUAAUAGGAGACUGUUCGAUUGAAGGGUAUCAGUACUGUGUUCCAUUUCACAGGUCAUUUGAAUUACUCCUGGCUGAACACUAUUGUGCAUUCAUUUUAACAAUUGACUCCAAUGCAGUUUGCAUAUAUUCCACCAAUGAUGGCAAGUAUAAAAUUUUUGACUCUCAUUCUUAUUAGAAGCACCAAAUAUCAACAAUGUAAUUCUGUAUUUCCAGUCUUUAUAUGGUGAAAACAGUCAAUUUGAGCUAAGAGGAAUAAAUAUUGAAGAAGUACAAGCCAAUGGUGACCAGAACUUAAACAACAGUAUUAGAAAUUCUGAUCUAUCAGGUAAUGGCUCAGAAGAAUUGAAAAGUACUGACGUUUCUCGGUUGUGUAGACAAUGUUGUGCGAUUUCAUUAUAUUCUAUUUGUUAUUCUGUUAUUAAACCAUGUAAUUACUGGGAUUCAAGUACAGUAUCUGCAGUUGUUUACUCUGGUACUAAUUUGUAUAACAAUACUGGAAUAAAUGCAUCUAGUGAUAUACCUCAAAACGUUAGAGUAUGUGGAACUGAAAUACAUGUAAAAUUGCAAGAUAACAUUCAAGGUGUAAUUAAUGACAAGGCAAAAAUCAAACCAUACAUUGAAAGCCUUAUUUGUCAUGCUAAUGAAAACACAGGGUUUUUAAUGUGGAUUAGAGAUUAUUGUAUUUCUUGCAUUUUUCAAAAGACAUCAAUUAAGAAUAUGUCGUACUCAAUAUUAGCAUAUGAUGAUAGCUCACCUACAUGUACUGCACAUUACAUUAAAAACAUAAAAGACAAACACAUGCACUUUAGUUGAUACUAUCUUUAACCUAGCAAACACCAAAAUCAAGGAUGAAAUUGUAAAUUAUGAAAUUCAAUUCUUGUCUUGUUAUUCUGAAUUAACUAACUGUGAAAGAAAAAGGAUUAUGAAAAAACACAGGCAAGACUAUAUAAAUGACUUCAUUGAACCAACUAGUCUAAAGAAACGGAAGCUAGAAACAAAGCAGAUGAAAUACAAAAUAAUGGCGAAGGAGAAAAAACAAAAACUGCUUACUAAAAAUAUGAAUUAUAAACAAACAAUGACUAAAGAUCAAAAGCAGAAAGAUCUGGAGAAUAAAAGAGUAAAGUAUGAAGCAAUAGAUCAAUCAAAGAAAGACGAACUGCUUGCUAAAAAUAUGAAUUAUAAGGAAACAAUGGGAGAAGAACAAAAACGGAAACUAUUAGAGAAGAAGAGAGCCAAAUAUCAAACAAUGGAUAAAUCAAAGAAAAAGGAAUUGAUUGCUAUCAAUUCAAGCAAAAUCAUGUCAAAUCGCAUGUCGUUGGAUCCAAAACAAAAACAAAAAUUUGCUGAAUAG